AUGGCGAGCAACGGUAAUAUUAACUGCACUACAAACGACGUUGUUUGGCAGUUCAAAGGAAACAGUGCGACGAGUGAUGCAGCUGCGGUGACGUUGAAAAAACUCGUCUUUGGAAAUUAUGGGGCACAUGCCCCACCCUCCCACAACUUAGGUCCGCCCCUGCCUGAAGCGGAAGAAGCUGUGGCUGCAGCCGUCCGCUCCGGCAUGGCCAACUCAUAUGCACCUAGCCCUGGAACUUCUAAUGCUAGAAGAACGGUGGCAGAUUAUCUAAAUGGCGAGCUUCCUACUAAGCUAAGGCCGGAGGAUGUAUAUAUCACAGGCGGAUGCAACCAAGCGAUUGAGAUCUUAAUAGAUUCUCUCGCAGGCAAUCCAGCAGCCAACAUUCUGCUUCCUAAUCCGGUAUAUCCUCACUAUGAUGCUCGCGCUAUGUACAGCGGCGUCAAAGUUCGCAAAUACGAUCUUCUCCCAGAAAGAGAUUUUGAGAUUGAUCUGGACGCCCUCGAGGCUGCUGCCGAUAAGAAUACAGUCGCACUUGUUCUUGUCAACCCCAACAAUCCAUGUGGAAACGUCUACACUUACGAUCAUCUUAGAAAGGUGUAG